AUGGCGACAAUGAGCGGCUCACGUAUCUCAGUCUUGGUUAUCAAUCCAAAUACCUCAACUCAGAUGACCAGUGCGCUGGUCCCAAUUUUGAACAACCUAGGAUACGCAGACGUGAACUUCGACUACUUCACAGCUCCGCAGUCCGAGACCGUUACGCUUCCUGAUGGACGAGUUAUUCAUGGCAUUCCCAGCAUAAACUCUGGAGAAGACUCAGUUCUAUCAGCCCUCCAUUGUCGACCAUUUGUGGAGCCUCUAGUCGAGAAGUACGAUGGUUUCCUAGUCGCAUGCUACUCAGCACAUCCCCUUGUCGGGAUGCUCAGAGAAGCUAUUGACAAGCUGGAGGAUGCGGCGCUAUUGGAGCUUGGGCCAACGGCAAAUAUCAAGAGGAACUCUUUCCAACUCACCUGGGAUGGAGGGUUCGGCAAGUCGCAAGCGAAGGACACUUUCGGUAUCGUCACUACUGGGAGCAGUUGGAAGACCGAGCUCAGCAAUGCUGUUUCGGACAUGCUUGUCAACUCGGGUGAUCAUAAAGGCUCCCCAAGCCGGUUUGCUGGUGUAGAGACCACUGGGCUCACGGCCGUUGAAUUGCAUACGACCCCACCUGAAGAAGUACGGAGGAAAAUCAUUGAGGCCACCGAAAAGCUGAUCAAAGCGAAUUCGCGUCCUGUCAGCGCGAUCUGCUUGGGAUGUGCUGGUAUGGCUGGGAUGGAAGAAGCGGUACGAGAGGGAUGCAUCAGAGCAUACGGCCGGAAGCAAGGCAGUCGGGUCAAGAUAGUCGAUGGUGUCGUCUCAGCCUCCCUGUUCGCCAUGAAUUUGUGGCUGCCAACCCGAGGGCUGGUGCAAACCCCCUGGGUUUUCGGACACGCCUACAAGUUCUUGCGGCCUAAGGCCCCACUUCUAAAGAAAGAUGCCCAGGGAAAUCAUCACAAUUCAAGCCGGCCAAUGCGGCAACAAUGGUGCGAAAUCCGCGACUUGGAGCAACCAACCCGACCCCUCUUCCCCAGCUACAAAUCUGCCCAAUCUACACCGCGCGACAUUAUACUGACGGGUCCUCUCACAGUCGGUAGUCAAUUCUGGCAACAACUAUGUCUCGAGCACGGGAUAAGUCAAGAUGGCAAUCUGGAGGAGUUUGCGACAGAGGGCGGUGAUCGCAAGGAUGUCUUUUUCUACCAGAGUGACGAUACACGAUAUAUACCUCGAGCGAUCUUACUAGACCUAGAACCGAGGGUUUUGAACGGCAUUCAAUCCGGUCCCUACAAAAACAUCUACAAUCCGGAGAACUUCUUCAUAGGGCAGCAAGGUAUCGGUGCCGGAAACAAUUGGGGUGCUGGAUAUGCCGCCGGUGAGGUGGUUCAGGAGGAAGUCUUCGAUAUGAUUGAUCGGGAGGCGGACGGCAGUGACUCUCUAGAGGGCUUCAUGUUUUUACAUUCGAUUGCAGGAGGAACUGGCUCCGGACUGGGAAGUUUCCUUCUGGAGCGCAUGAACGACCGAUUUCCGAAGAAGUUGAUCCAGACAUAUUCUGUCUUCCCUGACACCCAAGCCGCAGAUGUCGUUGUCAACCCGUACAACAGUCUCCUUGCCAUGCGGCGUUUAACGCAGAAUGCCGACUCUGUUGUUGUUCUCGAUAACGCUGCGCUAUCAAGAAUCGUUGCAGACAGACUCCAUGUGCAAGAACCUUCCUUCCAGCAGACGAACCGCCUUGUGUCUACGGUCAUGUCCGCCUCCACCACCACCCUCCGAUACCCUGGCUAUAUGCACAACGACCUCGUCGGAAUCAUCGCCUCCCUGAUUCCUACACCACGUAGCCAUUUCCUACUUACCUCGUACACACCCUUCACAGGAGACAAUAUCGAUCAAGCCAAGACUGUCCGAAAGACAACCGUUCUAGAUGUCAUGCGCCGUCUACUGCAACCCAAAAACCGAAUGGUCUCGAUCAACCCCAGCAAAUCCAGCUGCUACAUCAGUAUCCUCAACAUCAUCCAGGGUGAAGCGGACCCGACGGACGUGCACAAAUCACUUCUCCGUAUCCGUGAGCGACGUCUAGCGUCAUUUAUCCCCUGGGGCCCGGCUAGCAUACAAGUGGCUCUUACGAAGAAAUCCCCAUACAUCCAAAACACACACCGAGUCAGCGGCUUGAUGCUAGCGAAUCACACUUCCGUUGCCACAUUAUUCAAGCGAAUCGUCCAGCAAUACGACCGUCUGCGAAAGCGUAACGCCUUCUUAGAGCAAUAUAGGAAAGAAGCACCAUUUCAGGACGGUUUCGACGAGUUUGACGAAGCACGAGCAGUGGUAAUGGACCUCGUCGGAGAGUACGAGGCGGCAGAGCGAGAAAAUUACCUCGACCCAGAUGCGGGGAAGGAGGAACUCGGGGUAUAA